AUGUCUGCACCACAACCUCAUUCACCCCCGCAGGUACAAGGUUCAUCGUCACCUGAAGAGAGCAAGACCGGCGUCCACGAAGCGGGCUCUACCAACCCGUCCAAGGCCAGAGCUGCGCUCGCCGAGUUCUCCGCAACGAUGAAGCGCCCAGCAGAUCUCAAGUGCUUCCGCCAAAUAGGCUGUGACGGCAUCUGCAGGACCCUUCGUUGGAUGCCAGGACCGGAUGACGAGCCAACUGGUAUAGAGGUCUAUGAUGCACAGCCCAUGUCACCGUUCCUAUUAAAGGCGUACCUUGAUCGACACGACUGGAGUCAGGCGACCGAAGACCGCUUCCGUGGCGUGGAUGGCAGGAAUACGCCAAAGGAGUAA